AUGAAACGCGCCCAGAGCUCUUUGGUCUCAUAUGGCUCGUCGUCAGACGAAGAAACAUCAACUCCUGCUCUGCCGCCGCCACCUAAGAAAUGUCGUCUCCCCGCUCUCUCCUCUGCGGUAGUUGUCCCGACGCCCAUCGACGAUCCGUCGAAGCAUCAAGGCCGAAUACGCUCUUCUCCCCAUGUCGAAGGUCAAUGGGCGGCCUAUGUAUAUGUCGCGCUACCUCUUCGCGGGGCCGAGAAUGCUGCGCUUGCGCGGAUUGUACGGAGAGCGUUUGCGAGGGCUAAAGAGCUGGAGCCCGCGCUGCAUGCCAUUGGGUCUACGGCGGACGAUACCAGUGGACUAUUCGAGCUCCAUGUCUCUCUUACACGCCCGGUCUUCUUGCGUGCGCACCAACGAGAAGAAGUCAAGAUAGCGGUGAAGCGUGCCGCGCAAGCAUCCAACCCCUUUACUCUAUCUCUUGCGUCAUUCGCACAGUUGACGAAUGAUGAGCGAACGAGAACCUUCGUCUGUCUGGAGGUUGGCGCGGGCCACAGCGAGCUGAAGGCACUAUCUGAUGCUUUGACGCCUACGCUCCGUCAGUUCAGACAGAAGAGCUACUACGAUUCUCCCCACUUCCACGCCUCAUUCGCGUGGGCGCUCCUUGAGCCUGCCUCCAUACCCGCCUCAACUGCAACACCCACCACAUCCACUGCUUCAACUCCAACCCCGGAGAGCACCCCGACGUUCGCGAGAAUCAGGGACCUUCCGGAUGGGCUACUGGAUACUCUGAAUGAUGAGUUCGGGCGCGAGUUGGCGGCAGCGGCUGCGUGCUUCGAUGUUGAGCGGAUGAAAUAUAUGGUUGGCGAGAUCUCCAUGGUCUUGCCAUUUCAUCACCACUUCACGGCUACUUUCAGCAUUCAAGCUUUCAAGGUCAACGGCGCAUGCUGGGGCGGCAAUACACGCAAGAGCCUCCGCGGAUGCUCUCUGAUCCAGACUCGACAUUAUCCCGUCUCCGAGUCGGUUCAACAGGCAACGCUGGCGUCCGAACCAGUCCGUAUCGAAGCGCCCACGACCAUUCUACCGCCACACGGCGCCUCGGUUCAAGCCUUCAAGCGGAGAGGAAAGUGUACGCGCGUAUGGCGAUACGGUCGGCUUGAGGACGCGUGGAGACGGCUCUUCUCUUUGGUACUUGGACUGGCAGCAAGCUAUAAGGACACCUACGAUGCCACCUAUCUCAAACCACUUCACUCUGUCUUACUCACUACGAUGCAUCCCUUUCCCCUCGCUACUCUGAUCGUAUGCGCCUUUGAGAUUUCCGCUCUUCGGAGUACCAUAACUCAACCCCGCGCAGGAUCCUCUGAGCAAUGUUCUGCCGUCGCCAAGAUCAUCUCUGGCGAUGCCGAGCUUAGACGGCGUCUCUCCGAGCGAUGUGUGGGCGAGCACUGCAUCACAAAUGCCUUGGGCGACGAAGUAUCUUCCACAUCCACCAUGGCUGCCUCUGAACCUGAUACAGUGAUAGUUCGGACAUCGUCCUCACCGAAUACCGUGCAGACUUCAACUUCGACUACCACUGCUAUGACUGACGCUGCCACUACGAUUACGACUACCACUGAUACAAGUAUCACCACUGCUACCGCUGCUAUCGGUCAUGUCGUUUGUGCUUUUGAAUGCUGCAUCGUCAUUCCUCCUUGCUAG